CUAUGUAUUUCGUUGUAGUCAGUUAUCAUGAUACCAGUUAUUUAGUAUAUCUAGUGUUGUAGUGUGCUGGUGUUUGUGUAGCCGUGUAUUGUCAUGGUGGAUUAUAAUUUCUUAUCUCCAGGCACCGUAUGAUUGGUGUCAACCUCAUUUGGAAAUAUGGCAGCGAUGGACUUGGACUGGAUUCCACAAAGUCUUUAUUGUGCAUCUUUAACUACUGUUGCACAUCACUUCGCUGGAUGGAAAUAUACAAUUUCAAGUUUACCUCUCACAUUACAAUUUGAUGUUUAUAAUAAGCUUUUUGAACAAAGUCGACUUUGUCAACUUGGUGCGGAAUUAUGUAAUUUGGUGACAUUUUCAAGAUUAUUACUCGUUCGAAACAAACGACUUGCUCUUCAUCAAUGUUUCCAAGCAAUCAGAGAUCAUGGAGUGAAGAUAUCAGAAAUCUUGAGUGAAAGCUAUUCAAGACGAGUUGAUAUCCUGCUAACAAAUAUCAAAGACAAAGAAGAAUGUGAUCGUGCUGUUGUUCUUGGAUUUCAACUUGGUGGAUUUCUUUCGGAUGCUGGCUGGAAUAAAGAUUCUGCAACUGUAUUUUCAUCUUGUUUUCAAUUAUGUUAUUACCUGGGUGAUUUGUGCAAAGCCUUUUCUUGCUGCACAAAACUCCUUCAUGUCUACAAUUCUAACUGCAUGUACAAGGAAGCUGAGGAACAAUUUCUUAAAGCACAAGAACUAUAUUUGAGAUUGCAUAAAUUGAAACCUGAUUUGUCGAUCAAUCUUGCUUCAUUGUUUGCUGAAUAUGGAGCGUAUCAUUUUGCAAGGAGUGAAUAUGAUAAAGCUUACAGGUGGAGCAUUGAGGCAUUAAGUAUGUUGAAGCACCCAGGAGUUCAUUCACAAACAACCGCCAUUGAUGUAUUGAGACUCGGAUCAAGAGCUUGCGUUGUAAAACGUCAAUUUGCAGCCGCAGAACGUCUGGUGCGACAUGCAGUUAUCCUAUCCAGAGAUGUAUUCGGUACAAAUCAUCCAAAAUAUUCUUCAACUUUACUCGAUUAUGGUUUUUAUUUAUUGAACGUGGACAAUGUCAGCCAGUCUCAAAAAGCAUAUCAGGCUGCCUUAGCGAUUCGGCAAAGAGCGUUUGGAGGACAAAAUUUACAUGUUGCUGUUGCUCACGAAGACUUAGCUUAUGCAUCCUAUGUUCAUCAAUACAGCACAGGCAGAUUUCAAGACGCAAGAACUCAUGCUGAUGCAGCAAUCCAUAUUCUAUCGAAAAUUUUACCACCUGAUCAUCUGCUACUGGCUUCAUCAAAUAGAGUAAAAGCUCUGAUUCUGGAAGAGAUUGCCAUUGAUUCACACAACGUUGAACAACAAAAGUUAUUGCUGGAUGAAGCACACGUGUUGCAUUUACAAUCAUUACAACUUGCAAGAAAAGCAUUCGGAGAAAAGAAUGUACAAACUGCAAAACAUUACGGGAAUCUGGGAAGAUUGUAUCAGUCCAUGGAACGAUAUGAGAAAGCAGAGGAGAUGCAUUUGAGGGCGAUAGCAAUUAAAGAAGAAUUACUUGGACCCAAUGAUUAUGAAGUUGCAUUAUCUAUCGGACAUAUUGCCUCAUUGUAUAACUAUGAUCUGAAACAAUACGAAAAAGCUGAAAAACUGUAUUUGAGAAGCAUCAAUAUUGCAAAACGCCUGUUUGGUGAAGGGUACAGUGGACUUGAAUAUGACUACAGAGGCUUGAUAAAGAUUUAUGCAAGAACGGGUGAUUUUGAAAAGGUGAUUGAAUACGAUCAAAUUUUGACACAAUGGAACUUAAUUCGAGAACACAGACGUACAAAUGCCCGAGAUGAUAUUUGUGAUAUCGUGGAGAAAUGUUCAUCUAUCAUACAACACGAUACAGAAAGUACGGAAACAGUUAUUGAUGAUUUUUUCAAUAAAAUACAAGUAGAAACAAAAAGUCUGGCUGAACAGAAACUUGAAGAAAUAUUCACCUCAACGAGCACGAGAACAAGACAAGAUAUUGCAUUCGGUGGGCCGAUAACUUCAUAUUCAAGAAACCCAGUUCGAGGGACAGACCAUAGAAACGUGGGCGAUGGAACUUUAUCACACUCUGCCGUUUCAGUAUCCGAUGAAAACCAAUGCUCUUCCAAAAUGGACGUGGAUGCCAUGGAAACAAUUGAUAAUUCAGCGACUGAUGACGACAUCACAAAAGCAUUGAAAAUAUUUAAUGUCACUCCACAGAAAAAACAAAGAUUUCUUAAAGUUAAAAAGGAGUGAAAACACACUUUUUUUAGUAUUCCUGUUGGAUGCGAACCAAGAUGGCGGACACUGGAACGUAGUAUGUGUACCAGGUUAGGUUUAGGCCAUAAUUUCAAGUACAAAUACUAUGAGAGUCACUUGGCUAGUCCCCGAACUCGUA